AUUAUUAUCUGACACCGGUCAAAAAUUCUUUGUUUGCAAUUUAUUCAUAAAUAAUACAAAAUUUUUAAAAAAAUAUACAAAUUUUGGGUUUAUUUUCAAUAAAAUUCUUCAAAAUUUAACAGUUUUAUUAAAACAACACAAACCUAGUAUUAUAUCCCAAAUAAAAAUGGAAGAUGAAAUAGUUUCUUGUUUGCCUAAAAAUAGUGAGAGUAUCGAUUUCCAAGGUUGGAAUAUUUCAUAUGAAAAGUCACACAUUCUAAAAAGUGUUUGUGCAAAUGGCAAAGAAUGUUGCCCCGAAAAUAGUCCCACUUGUUGUGAACUUUGCACCUAUCGUUAUGCCUUGGAACUACCUCAUUUGCCUGAUAUGGUAUUCCACAAGAAUAGACUGACUCUCAUUUAUUCAAAUGGCGCACAAUUGGAAUUCAAACCUAUGGACGCCUUGAAUUUGGUUGAAAAUGGAAAACAACCUUUACAGGUAGCGUGUGCUGAGGAAUGGCAAGAAAGCAGGUCUGGUCAUCUGUUGGAAGAAAAAUUCAAACCAUUCGAUUGGACAUUUUCAACCACGUAUCAGGGAACUCUCAACGAUAAGAUCCGUGUUGAGGAGACAGACUUAAAAUUGGACAUAUUCAAGUUGAUGCAAAAGGAGAGAAUUCUCUUCUAUCAUGAAUUAACUUUGUUCGAAGAUGAAUUGCAUGACAAUGGGAUUUCGUCGUGCUCCGUGAAGAUUCGCGUAAUGCCAUCUGGGUUUUUCGUCCUUCUACGUUAUUUCCUGCGUGUAGAUAAUGUCAUGCUCAAAAUAAACGACACGCGUUUCCACUAUGAAAUCGAGAAAGAUUUCAUAUUAAAAGAGUACACAGCUCGAGAGGCAAAGUAUGAUGAACUCAAGACCGUUCCACCUGCAUUAUUCACAAUGCCCCAUGAGAUUGAGAAAUAUCUACCAAUUAAGACGAAAAAAACGUUCAAAUUAUAUUUUAAGUAGAAUCCGUAACAAAUAAAAACAAAAAUUACAUCGCUGCCGCUUUGAAAAGAGUCUCACUCAAAUUGCUAUAUUCAUCGUGUUGUGACGAAUACUCGAUGGAAUAAAAGUUGAAUGUAAAUUUAAAUUGA